GAUAAAUUAACAGAGAGAGAGAGAUACACGAGGCAUCGAUUGAGAAUUUACAAGUGAAAUUGAGGAACAUGGCAAGUGUGCUGGUGGGAUGGGGCGGUGUUGCGGAAAAAGGGUGGAGGAAAGGUCCUUGGACUCCUGAAGAGGAUAAGCUGCUCAGUGAGCAUGUCAAUUUGCAUGGAGAGGGAAGAUGGAGUUCUGUUGCUAGGUGCACAGGGUUGAACAGGAGUGGGAAAAGUUGCAGACUUAGAUGGGUGAAUUAUCUUAGGCCUGGACUGAAGAGAGGCCAGUUAACACCUCAGGAGGAAGGCAUUAUUAUUGAAUUGCAUGCUUUAUGGGGUAACAAGUGGUCUACAAUUGCUAGAUACUUGCCUGGGAGAACAGACAAUGAGAUAAAGAACUACUGGAGAACUCAUUUCAAAAAGAAAGAGAAGUGCACCGAGAAACAGCAAAAACGAAAAGCUCAAAUCCUCAAAGAGAAGCAACAACAACAACAACAAGAUAUAAAGGAUGAUCAAGAAAACAAGAAAAUAAAAUCAGCCAAUAGUAGUACUUCACCACAGGGACAUAGUGAAGCCUUGACCUGCAGCAGCGAAUUACGAAAUAAUAAUAUGAUCCCUGAUGAGCUGCAGCAGCUGGCACAGCCAACUCAAGAGAUGAAUGUUGUUUUUGCAUCCCCGAAUAUGGAGGAGGCUCAAUGCUUACCUGCACUAGUGUCGAUGAACCAAUUAGGCGGUACUACUAGUGCCGUUGAAUCUACUAUACGGUCAUCGGAAAACACUGCCAUGAUUAACAUUGAAUCAGAAGACGAUCAAGGGUUUUGGGGACAACUCUGGAACCUAGACGAUGAUCAUGGUCAUGUACAAGCUAACCGUGUGGGAUAUCACACCAGUUAUAGCAAUAGUGAGUGCCGGAACAGUUUAGCCUUGCAGCAGAAUCAAGCAAUUACAGCUACAUCUUCUGGAGCCAUACGCAAUGAAGCUACUAGGGCUAGCAAUUUUUCCUGGGGAGAGGAUAUUCGUUCCUAUAAGUACUUCUAUAGCGGAUCAGGCCACACAUUCUAAGGAAGGCAAUACCUAGCUGAUUCAUUAUUGAUGUUAAUAAACUGGAACCGGAAGAUUAUUUAUAAUCAUACUCUAGCCAUAACACCAUGAACUCAUGCAUGAAGCUGUAUGCUGUACUUGUACUAGCUAGUACUGAUUUCG